ACAGCUAAGGCAUAGGUUGGCAUUUUGUAGAGUAGUGUGGUGUGCUGUUUUUUCCAGCAUCAGUCCAAACAAGCAGCUACUCCUCCUCCCUAUAUAACCCAUUUUCUUAGACCCAAACCCACCUAACUAAAAGAAAUGACUCCGCGAUGAAGGAGCGUCAGCGGUGGCAGCCAGAAGAAGACGCCCUCCUCCGCGCCUACGUGAAGCAGUACGGCCCCCGCGAAUGGAACCUCAUCUCCCAGCGCCUCCCCUCCGCCCUCCACCGCGACCCUAAGUCCUGCCUCGAGCGCUGGAAGAAUUACCUCAAGCCGGGCAUCAAGAAGGGCUCCCUCACCCCCGACGAGCAGUCCCUCGUCAUCUCCCUCCAGGCCAAGUACGGCAACAAGUGGAAGAAGAUCGCCGCCGAGAUCCCCGGCCGCACCGCCAAGCGCCUCGGCAAGUGGUGGGAGGUCUUCAAAGAGAAGCAGCUCAAGCACCACCACCACCACCACUCCUCCCCCUCCCACUCCGGCAAUUACGACCACAUUUUGGACACAUUCGCCGAGAAAUACGUCCAGCCCAAUCCUCCCGCCGUGCUUCCGCCGUGGAUGAACGCGUCGCCGCCGACAUCUUCGCCGUCGGUGAGUCUGACGCUGUCUCCGUCGGAAUCAUCGGCGUUUCCGGUGGCGGAGAUGGGGGUGCUGAUCCGGGAGCUGGAGGAGGGGAGGGAGGUGUGGGCCCGGCAGAGGAAGGAGGCGGCGUGGAGGGUGAGGCGGCUGGAGCAGCAGCUGGAGGCGGAGAAGGCGAGGCGGGGGAGGGAGAAGGCGGAGGAGGUGGAGGCGCAGAUAAGGAGGCUGAGGGAGGAGGAGGCGGCGUACGUUAGCAGGAUGGAAGGGGAGUACAGGGAGCGGUUGGGGGCGGUGCAGAGGGAGGAAGAGGCCGAAGAGGCAAAGUUAAUGGAGGCUUGGCGCAGGGUUCACGUGCGGCUCGAGAAGCUCUUGCCGCAGAUUGGGUCCCACCGCCCAUCACUGCUUUCCUCUCCCAAUAAUGGACUUCAACCUUUUACCCAUAUAUAGCUUCUUAUUUUCUCUCUCUACAAACUUUCUCAUCCUCAUCCAAUAUGCUCAGAUUAAUGAUCUGAAUCACUGAAAAUCGUCAUACAUGGGAGUAUAUAUUGUCUCUCUCUUACUAUUAUUACUAACAAUAAUGAAGAUAUCAGCAGUUUGAAUUUUUUA